UCCUUUAUUGUAGCUGUUUGUUUAAGCCCCUGUCUGCAGGGUGUGUAAUAAUUUACACAGUGUUUGGUUCAACCUCUGAUUGGAACAGGACCUCGCUCCACCCAUAUCUCGGCUUGUUAUCAUACGACAAAGACUCAUUUGGAAGGCGGGUAAUAGUAUGUUGUUGUAAUUGUUUUAUAGGUGUUGUAUUCAUCUUAUUAAGACGGUGACUGUAAUCUCUCUCUUUGCUAUUACUCAACACAGAGAAAGGCGCGGACUGAAAAGUAUAAAUCAUUUAUAGGCUGAUUGGAUUGACACUGUAUUUCCUUUUCUGCUAAAUACUUUUGAGUGGAUUACAUCUUUAGUAUUUUUUAGUUGAGGUUAUUGUGGAUUUAAACAUAUUGGGUUGGAUGCAGGUUAUUAAACUAACUUACAGUAUAUGAAGUACCCAAGAGACUUGCUUCUUAUACAUAAUGCACAAAUAGUAACAAACUAUAUGAAAAGAAAAGAGAAGAAAACAACACUGACCACGGCCAUUCAGCAGAAUGUUUGCAUUUAGCUGAUAACACACUUCAAAUGAAGUAAGACUUUGAAUGCAGGACUUCUGCUUGCAAUGGAUUUUUGCUGGUAGUUGCUCAAGAGCACUUACAGUAAGUCAGAUACUUCCUGACACGACAUGAGGGCCCGAGGGACCUUAUCUUUAAACCAUUGCCAGCUCGCAGCGGGUAAAAUGUUAAUCAUCUGUCACGUUGCAUUUCUGAAGCCUGACCAUAAAAUGGAAAUGUUGACUAUCUUUUUUUUACUUAUUGAUCCUCAGUGGGAGAAGUUAAAGUAGCCUACAUGCAGCUGUAGAAAUAGUUUUACCAUUUAAUUGAAAUAAAUACAAUAACUUAUUAAAGAAGGUGGCAUUUACAGAGGUGAAAAGUAAGAUUGAAAAAUAGAUAAGACAGAGCUUUUAUUUAUGUGGCGGGAAAUCGUUUUGUAGCAGUUGCAGCACAAUGUCAAAACAGAACAAAAUCUGUGUUUAGGUGCUCUCUCCCAGCCCCUCUCUGGAUGCAUCGGACUCCUCUCCCCCGGGGCCCUGGACCCGGUGUGUGACCCCGCCGCCCUCACCCCUGUCUCCCUCUCUUCCCUCUCCCUCCGACCCAAACUCCCCCGCCGCACCUUUCCACCUCGACACUCCUGUCCCGGGCCCCCUGCCUCGCAGCCAGCGGGCAGAGGCAGGGGGCCAUGGCACCAUGGUAGCCUCCGGCGGGCAAAACCACCUCGCCAUGAGCGGCGUGACCUCUCCUGUGGGCAGGGUUCACGGGUCAAACUUCACCCCGCAUCACUACAAGCCCUUCAGAUCACACGCACACUACCAGCAGGUGAUGCGUGCAUUGCAUAAGCUCCAGGAAAGUGGGUUUUACUGGGGGGCCGUCGGGGGCCGGGAGGCCAGCUCCAUGCUGCGCUCUGAACCACCAGGCACCUUCCUGAUCCGCGACUCCUCAGACCACCACUAUUUCUUCACCCUCUCUGUCCAGACGGCUCGGGGUACCAAGAACCUGCGCAUCCACAGCGAAGGAGGCGGCUUUUUCUUACAACCAGACCCCCAAAACACGCAAGAGCUCCCGCAGUUCGACUGUGUGCUGAAACUUAUCGCGCACUACAUGGGGAAGGGGCCGGAGGCUGCGAGGAGCAGAGGAGGGGCGUGCGGGGGCAACCCAGGAGAGGCAGAGAUGAAGGGGCGCAGUGUGUAUCUGAUCCACACCGGGGGUGAGAGGAUUCCCUUGGAAUUGCGCCGGCCCCUCUCAACGUCGCUCUCGUCCCUGCAGCACAUGUGCAGGAGGACCCUGAACGACCGAGGCUUUGGGGGGUCGGAGAGGACUGAGCAGCUCCCGCAAACGCUUAAAGACUUCCUGGAGGAGUACGAUGCCCCGAUAUGACUGACAGGAAUCAGAGAGGUUCCACCGUCCAGGACCGGGGUGUCUUAAGGAUGCUGCAGACCAGUUCUCAGUGCAUAUGUAAAAAAAAUAAAUAAAUAAAAUGCACACAACGAGAUACAGACCAGAAUCAGCGUUAGAUGAUGACGCGUGAUCAGUAUGAGGUCCGAUUUUCAUUGUGACCAGCUGAUCCCAGAUCUGGUUCGACACUGACAGACACCAGCUACCCCAGAGUCCCCCCCACCUCCCCCCUCCCCGCCAACAUGGGGACUGGGAUGAAAAGUUGGAUUCAGAUAAUGGUUACCUCGCUGGUCCUGCCUCCUAAAACUGACCACUAGUGUGAGAGUGGCAGAUGACGUGAGAGGUCAAGGGUCAGUGUUUCCUAAGACUGACACAGACGCAGAGCAGAGCCUCGUAGAAGAUUAACCUGAUUGGUAGAUAUUAACGAUGACAACCUGAUCAAUAUAAAGGAGGAGUUUCACGCGCUUCAGAAGAAAACCUCUCCUCUCCUUCGGUCAGCCUGACAUUUACAACACUGUGGAUCACUGGACAGAGAGAAAGACGGCUAAAAAAAAAAAGAGAGAGAGACUGGGGGGUGUGGAGUGUGUGUGUGUGUGUGUGGGGGGGGGCAGUGAUGGAGGAGCUUACAGAGAAAAGACAGGAGUCCACACGGAGGGAACUAAAGCAGAGAGCGUUGAGUAUUUGUUUGCCUGAGUGUGUGUGUUUUUGUGUGUGUUGUGGCAGCGCACACAUUUCCAUCGCUGCUUCCCGCAAAUGUUGCCUCAUAGAGGGGGGAGCAGGGUGGUCAUGCACGCUAGCUCUGCACACACACACACACACACACACACACACACACACACACACACACACAUACAAGCAGGUACAGGCCCAUGUGUAGGAUUUGUUAGCGUGGGAACAAGAGUGUGGAAAAAGCAUUACAAAGCAUCUUCUCAUUUUGUUUGUUUGUUUCUCGGUUCUCCUCCAUUACCAUCCCACCCCCCCCCUUCCCCUGCCCAAGCCCUCUUUUUUUUUCUGAAAAUGUUUUUUUUUUUUUUUUUUGGGGGGGGUUGAAUGUUCGCUUUGACAAUGACACAAAACAGGCGGCUGUUACUGAGACAAAAGCGUUGGCGCGUGACCAAACAAAACAGCGGAACUUAUUUUUGUCCAGAGCGGCUGGAAAAAUUGUCAGCGACACUGUAAAACUCCUUUGGGUGUGAUGAGGAUGAGGAUGAGGAUCCUAGAGGAAAAAAAGAGGCUGAGGAGAGAGGGGUUGAGAGAAGAAGAAGAAGAAGAAGAAGAAGAGCGGGAAAUGGGAUUAGCUAAAAGGAAACUAAAGAACUGGGGAGGGGGCUGGGGAGGGGGGGUGGAGUAGUGGGAGGAGACAUACUGGUAUACAGCUAAACAAAAAACAUUGACGUGAUUGAUGUCUCAGACUUAGAGGAAAUGAUCAGGCUCAACAGGACGCUGCUCCUGUAAGUAUAGAACCGAGCUUGCUAAAGGAUAUGAAAAGAAAGUUCCGACUGAGUCUGUCUUUUUGGAGCCUCUCACGGUUAUUUCUUUUAUGUUAUCAUCUCAAACAUAUUCCUGUGUGACUAAGCGUCUCUCUCUCUCCUCCACGGUUUUCCUCUUGCCUCUUUUCCACACAGCUUAGUCUUUGUUCCACUCACUCGGAGCUGGUACCAGUGCCUUCUCUGCUGUUUUUGUCCCUUCAAAAAAAACACACAGAAGCAGAGAGAAAUCUAAUGCACUGGUUCAACAUAAGUAAUGUGAGUUCUGGGAGAGCGUAUUGAAGUCCUUUCACUCUUUGCAAAGUAGCCACAGUGAAGUGAUUCCCGCUGAGCAAUCAGUCGUUAGGAAGGCUUUCACUUCUUUGUCUGCCCUGGUGGCUGAUGCCGGUGAAAGGACCAGGUAUAUGCUUCACAGCUCUUGCCAAUUCAGAAAUGAAAAAAAAAAAAUAAAUAAAAAUAGGACGGUUUCGAGUGAGGCGAGUCAAGUCAUAACAAACAGUGGAAAUGAGGCGUUACAGCACAGCCUGUAGUGGAUAACAGAGAGGACAUUAACUUUUUAUGCGGUCGGUUUAAUUUCGUCUCUUCCUCUUAAAGUGUUCGCAUCCCAUCUGUUCUCCAUCGUUACCUCUGAAGCAGGAGUUCGUUUUGUCUGUGUGAAUGUCAAAGGAACACAAGACGUCCUUAAAGUGAUUCUUUUAAAAAAAAAAAAAAAAAAAAAAAAAAAGCCUUUUGUAAAACAGAGACUUGGAUUUGAUGAACGGUGUGUUUUAACCAGUGCUCAUCCUGAACUGUGACCUGAUUUUAGAAGUGGUAGCCUUUUUCACAUCAUCAACAUUUUGUGAUCUCAUGUGGCCACUUAAGCCGGGAGCACAGAAGUAUAACAAUGUAGUCGUGUUUCCAUUGAACUGUCAAGCAAUUUUCUAAGCAAACGUUUGAAAUUUCACAGAAGAGAAAAAAAAAAAGGCUUUUUCUAAUCGACUGGUUUGCACCAACAAACAAGUCUCAUUGCCAAGAGUAGUUUCCUCAGAAGUUUUGAGGCUGAGCUUUACACACGGCUGUAAUUUACCAGGAAAAACAGCAGAAGUGUGUUGUGUUUGCAAAACCAGAAACAAACAGCGACAGGAGAAGAAUGGAAAAAAAAAAAUCUUCCAAAGAAGUGGUUUCUUCUGUACAAGUUUGAUCGUUCAUGACGACUUGUCAUGGACUUUUUUAAAGGUGCAUUUUAGCUUUUUCAAAAUGUACUGCAUCAGACUUUAUUAAAACAAAGGCCAACAAAAAAAUAACCACUCAAACAAGAGUCAACAUGCGCAAUUUAGAACAUUUGGUCAAAUUAAGCCUUUCUUAUCUGAUUUUCAAACACAAUGCUUUGAAAUAUGCAAAACACUCUACGUUUGUGGAAACACGACCAAUGUGACAAAAAGUUUGUUUUUGUCAAAUCUCAAGUCUUAUUUUCUCAUAAAAAGUUCAAGUUCUUACAUGUGUUGCAGCAGCAGUGGACCACACGUGUCUGUGAAUCAUUUUGUCUUUUAUAAAGACUUGUAAAAAAAAAAAAAAAAAAAAAAAGGCUGGCCACUAGUCUGGCAUAAUAAAAGCUGUAGUAUCUGAAAUGACAAAGCAUUACAAAAAAAACAAAACAACAUAAAUGAAAAAGGAACGUUGCACAUAUUUAUAUUUCUAAAAUAUUUCAAUAAUUUAUAUUAAAGAGCACUAUUUUUACAAAAGUGAA